AUGAUAUUCUACGUUUUUCAACUAAAAACCUUGAAUUCGAGCACUGCCACAUGGCAACAAGCUUCAUUGGAAAAUCACAUUUCUGAUCCGAAAAAUGUGAAAUUUUUUCUAACGGUUCUCAACUUUUUCCUUCAAAUUUCCUUAUUUUUUCUGAUUUUUUAUCGCAAAAAACGACACAAUCAACUAAUUCUAAUUCCCGCCGCAAGUGCGCUCCAAUGCAUUUUCGGAUUAUUGAUUGAAUUUCUGUUUUUAUCGAUUUUCGCGUGGAAUAAUCGAUUUUUGAUGUUUCUCUCAAUGUUGGUUGAGUGUUCAACGGAUUUAUUGAUUUCUACAGCAAUUUUGGUGAUUCCAGCAAUGAAAAAGUUGCAAACAUAUGAUAGAAGAAUGCUAAACAUGGCGAUAAUCUCAUUUGCCGUCGGAUUCACAAUUUUAUCAUUUUUCCACCACGAAAUUCAACGCACAAACUUCCCGAUUAUCUCUCUGGCAAGUUAUUGGCCCUACGAUAAAGGCUUAAUUUACCUUCAAUACAGUGUCCCAAUAUUUGCAUUAAUCAUUAAUUCCGCAUAUCCUUCACAUUUUUGCCAAGUUUGCGCAAGUCAAGUACUUAAAAUUCUUAUAAUACUGCUACUGGAGCUCUCGGAAUUGGACUUUUUCUCUAGAAGUUGGAUUCCUUGGGUUUUUCCCUGCAUUUCUCAGCUUCCAGAUGCAAUUUUCACUUUUUUGAGUUUUUUCAAAGUGGCCAAAUCGAAGAAUAACGUGGAUGCUGUGAUAAUUAGCUCGGUGGUUGUUGUCUAUUAA